UCACAUCUGGUUUACAAAACAAUCUCUCCUGUCCAUCAUAUAUCUCAACAGGACUAUCCUAACACCAUAAAAAGCCGUGCUACCAGAUCCUCUAUUUUUCCUCUUCCCCUCCCCUCCAUAAUUUCCAUUUCUUCAUUUCUGACAGAUUUCCCCCCUCUGCUCAGGUCUUGUGACCCCACAGCCUUGAUCUGUGCCUUGUUUGGUUCCCCCCGCUGUUUCCUCUUCGUUUCUGCCUUUUUGACCACUACCUCCCUCAGCCCUGUUUUUUGCCCAUCCCAGGCUUUAUCCCUUCAUCACUGAUCUCCCUUCAUCCCUCCAAUCCUCAUCUGUUCCUCAUAGGAGCAGUGGGCUGAGUGGGCGACGGACAAACAUCACGCUGUGUGUGACACCAAAAGUGAAUGAGUGGAGGAGCCGUGGAAACACACUGGCAAGACUUAUGACAACGACCCGAGGAAGGAGAGUGAACGAAGAGUGAUAAGAGGUCUGCACACCUUGAGAGGAGCCUUUCACUGGAGUUUCAGCUUUGUGAGCAUCUCUCCUUGCAUUUGGUAGUGACGGUGCCUGACAACUACUGCCAUGGGUGAAAUGGAGCAAUUGCGAAAGGAGGCAGACAGCCUCAAAGACCAGAUUACGGCAGCUCGAAAGGCAGUUCAGGACACCACACUGCAGGAGGCAGCAGGUGGGAUCAGUGUGGUGGGACGUGUGCAGAUGAAGACCAGGAAAACUCUGAGGGGUCACCUUGCCAAAAUUUAUGCCAUGCACUGGUCCACCGAUGCUAAGCUGUGUGUCAGCGCCUCACAAGAUGGGAAACUCAUAGUGUGGGACACCAUCACAACCAACAAGGUGAACGCCAUCCCCCUGAAGUCUUCAUGGGUGAUGACGUGUGCCUAUGCACCUUCAGGAAACCUUGUGGCAUGUGGCGGCCUGGACAACAUGUGCUCCAUCUACAACCUGAAGGGCAAAGAUGGGAAUGUGAAGGUGAUGCGUGAACUGGCAGCACACACUGGUUACCUGUCAUGCUGUCGCUUCAUCAGCGACAGUGAAAUCAUCACCAGCUCAGGGGACUGCACUUGUGUCCUUUGGGACAUUGAGACCGGGACCCAAAAGACCGUGUUUGCUGGACAUCAGGGGGACUGCAUGUCUCUGGCCGUGUCCCCCGACUUUAAGUUUUUCAUCUCAGGGGCUUGUGACUUCACCGCCAAGCUGUGGGACAUUAGGGAGGGCACUUGCAGACAGACCUUCGGAGGUCAUGAAAGUGACAUCAAUGCCAUUGGGUUCUUCCCGAAUGGCAAUGCUGUGCUAACAGGAUCUGAUGAUGCAACCUGCAAGCUAUACGACCUUCGAGCCGAUCAGGAGCUCAUCACCUACCAGGACUCCAGCAUCAUGUGCGGGGUGACCUCUCUGGCCCCCUCUCUGUCUGGUCGACUGAUCCUGGCUGGCUAUGAUGACUUUAAUGUCAACAUCUGGGACUCGCUUAAAGCUGAGAGAGUGGGUGUGCUGGCCGGUCACGACAACAGAGUGAGCUGCAUCGGUGUAUCUACAGACGGCAUGGCAUGCUGCACAGGAUCCUGGGACAGCUUCCUUAAGAUAUGGAACUGAGGCGGUUCCUCAUCACUGAGCAGAAAGUAGUUAAAACAUCUGCCUGGCAGAAAAAUGAAGAUUAGGAGUUUAAGUGAGAGACAAGAAGCCACAUAGGGUGAGAGGAGGGUGUUUAUUUGUGCCAAGUCCUAUCUUAUGUUGGAGACGGAAUCUAAGGGAAAGGGUUUUCUCUUCUUGUCACAGUGCGUCCUUACCUUCCUUCUGACUAUGGGGAAAUUUGUGACUCAAAGGGGGGUGGGGGUGGGGGUCUCAGAAAUUGCUUGUCCUAAUAGCUAUUUAUCUUGUGGUUCAGAUUGACAACAGGCAGGAGUCUUCAAAGGGUCUCCAAACAACAAAUGUGUUGCCUCGUGGACAUGGCAGCACCCAAGAUGAGGCAGAAUUGAAAAUAAGCGACAUGUGUGAAGUCAAACAAGCUCUUCUUAGGGGUUGGUUCUGAUAUAGAGAUAAUCAUUGAAAUGAUGUAGUUUUUAGAUUUUUUAGAUUCCCUAACUAACAGGUUUUCAUUUUCUACUGUUAAAGCUGUAGUUUGCUGAAAUCAACAUGUAUGUUUUGACUGAUUUAAGUGGAUUUGUCAGAUUUUAAGUACUUUUACAGUAGGAAAAUGUUUUAAGAUCUACUUGAGAAAGAAACUGGUUCACGGUGCACUUAAAAAAUAAAAAUUAAAAAAAGACUCAUUCUCAGAACAUCCCUUUGAACAAGGGUUUUGAGUAUUUGCAGAUUACUUUUUACCCAUCAUUCAACAGAUAAGAGCAUAAAGCUUAAAAAAGCAACCACUAUUUGAACCUUUUUUUCCCCCCAAAAUGAUGCAUGU